GCGACAGGCGAGGAACAGCGCUCCCAGCCAGCACACCGGGACAGCUUGUGCUCCGCGGCCGCCCAGCUUCCGCAGUUCCAGGUGAGCAGUCCGGCCCGCACAGGGGCGUGGCCUGGGGGCGUGGCCUGUUUCGCUCCGCCCCUCGGCCGGGUCCUGCCGCGCCGCUGCGGCUCCGCCCCCCUCCUUCCGUCAUCUGCUCCUUCCGUCGGUGGUUUCUUCCUUCCUGCUUCGCCGGCGUCUUUCGCGAUAUGGGGAAGAGCUUCUUUUUCGCCAGCACCACCUGAGGAUCCCCUGGAGCCGUCCCCCCGCGAUGGAAGAGGAUCAGGAGCUGGAGAGAAAAAUAUCAGGAUUGAAGACCUCAGUGGCUGAAGGCGGGAGGAAGACAGCCUUGGAGAUGGUCCAGGCAGCUGGAGCAGAUAGACAGUGUGUGACAUUUGUACUGCACGAUGAGGACCAUACCCUAGGAAAUGCUCUGCGGUACAUGAUCAUGAAGAACCCAGAAGUGGAGUUUUGUGGUUACACUACGACCCAUCCUUCAGAGAGCAAAAUUAAUUUGCGAAUUCAGACCCGAGGUACACUUCCAGCUGUUGAUCCAUUUCAGAAAGGCCUGAAUGAGCUCAUGAAUGUCUGCCAGCAUGUGCUUGACAAGUUUGAGGCCAGCAUAAAGGAUUAUAAAGAUGAAAAGGCAAGCAGAAAUGAACCCACAUUCUAGUCCCUCAUGCAGGGUACAAGGAGGAUCACCCUCAUGAUGGUGCAGAACCCAGAACUAGAGUCUUGACUGCAGCAUGUUCUGACCUGUAGAAGGUGUGGUUCCAGCUGUUGACCCAUUCCAGCUGUUGGAAUUUCUGCAAGUAUAUUUGCCUAAUAAAUUCUCUCUUUUGUUUAAACUA